CUUGAAUGGGUUCUAGCUGUAUGUAGGGUGUUGAGAUAUGAUAUUCCGAUAUCUGUAAAGCUUGUGCGAAAAGUCUCUUUUUAUAAAGAAUCUGAAGCGAACUUAAGGUAACAUUCCAUCGUUUCUGUGUUGCAGACUACGAAGCCAUAGAUGAUGAUGAUUGGUGCAUGCGAGCACGUGACUUUCUGACCUGCUCUCGACUGUUCAGCGGUGUCAAGGCAAUUGUCGUCAUGGCAACGCUGACGAUAUCCCUGAUACUCAUCGUGAUGCCGUUUACCACUCCACGUCCGGAUUUUGAUAUGCUGGAGAAGCAAUCGGCCUUGACCAGUCGUCUGCAGGGUCAACUGUCGAUUCUUGAGCAACGUCUCGAGAACCGAACAGCGCUCCUGAAGGAUCUGAAGUCAAGCCACGCCCAGCAAUCAUCGAUGUUCAGCCGCUUGGAGGACCAAGUAUCGUCCCUUGGAGAACAUCUCGACAACCGCACUGCACUGACCAAACGCCUGGGGGACCAAGUAUCAACCCUUGAAGAACGCCUCGUUAACCGCACUGCACUGAUCAGCCGCCUGGAGGACCGAAUGUCGCUCCUUGAGAAAGAUAGUCCUGUCGUGGUCGAGCGAAACCACGAAAAUAAGAAGACCUUUGUCAUUGACUUGUCAAAAUUUGGGUGAUGUUUCUUGUCGGUGCCGUUUUUGGAUUUGUCAGUUUGUGAAUAACUGAACUUUUA